UGACUAUGAUCCGUAAAAGUCAAUUAUAGGUACAUUCAAUAAUUUCCAGAUACAUAUUUAUAUACAUUGUAUGUGUUUGUCUAUUGAAAUUUCACAUUUCGUGCACUUUGAUUUUCAUACAAAUUUUGUAUAAUGAGCUGCGGCAAUCGAAAUUGGCUGCCCUUCGGGUUUUGUGGGCAGCUCCGGAGACCCUCAAAGACAUUGCUGGAACCAAAAGCAACUCAACUACCAAUUAUAAAGCCGCCGCUUAUAAUGGCCAACGUGUUCUACGCAGGGCGCAUUUUAAGUAGCUCCAGCGAGGCGUCGGCUUCUUGGGUAUAAAUAUGCGCUGCAUGGCCUCAGUUUGACAUCAGUUAGCAAUUCGCUUUCAAGCAGCUACCAGCAGCAAGUCAUAAAACAAAAAAAAUCAAAAAUCAAGAUGUUCAAAUACGCCGUUGUCAUUUGCGCUUUGAUUGCCUGCGUUGCCGGCAAGCCGGGAUUUCUGCACGCACCGCUGGCUGCUCCAGCUGCCAUCUUUGCUGCACCCGCUCCGGUGGUGACUGCUGCCAGUAGCCAGGUUGUGGCCAGAACAUUCAAUGGCAUCGCAACUGCGCCCGUGAUUGCUCCAGUUCCAGUCGCACCCGUUCCAGCACCAGUUAUCAGGGCUGUGGCACCAGUUGCUGCUCCUCUGGCUGCUCCAGUUUUCAGACAUGUGGCACCCGUUGCGGCACCUUUGGCCACUCCCUUCGCUGCACCCUUCAUUAAAGCUGUUGGACCAGUCGCAGCUCCAUUGGCUGCUGCACCCAUUGCCCAUCCCUAUGCGGCUGCCUUUGCCCAUCCCUAUGCGACACCAGUCUUUGCUAAGUACUCUUCCCCGUUGGCUUAUGGACCAGCUCCGUUGAGCUAUGCCGCAGCUCCCGCAUUGUGGUAAGAGCCAAAGCUCAGCAAGGAUUAACAACGUGUGUGUUCAAUGACUGAUAGCCUUUAAUAAAAAUCGUUC